UUUUGUCACAACGUUUUGAUAACUUAUUGACUCAGAGGGAGCAGAAGUGGGCGAGGGGACUUAACUAUUAAGUUGGAAAACUUUUGGUCGACCGCGUCAUCAAGAGCUAGGAUGAAAUAAACCUCGGAGAUUAAGUUGAUUAAUACAUACCUACAUACAUGUGUUGAGAUGUGAGUCACUGUGACUUAGUCGCUGGAUUUAAUAAAUAUAUUUUCUCAGGUACAAGAUACCAAUUUUCUCAACAGACGAGAACUCAUCCAGAGACAAUGGAGAAGAUAGCUCUCCCCCCUCCUCCAAGUAAAAGACUUAUCAAGACGUCACUUCACCAGGCAGUGCUAGAUGAACGACUCCAACAGGUUCGACUUCUCGUGGACAAACAUCGCGCCAAGGUGGACACAAAAGACGUCCAUGGUCGAACUCCACUGAUGCUGUCCUGCAUGAUCGACAACUCUGUCCUUGGUUACAGGAUGGCAGACGUGCUGAUCAAAGCAGGGGCGGACGCCAACUUAAAAGAUGGAAUGGGACGCACGGCGAUGAGCUACGCUUGCAUGAACGCCAGAGAACACAUUGUGAAGCUCAUUUUAAAAGAGGAUGCGUUGAACUUGACAGAGCCGGACAGUGAUGGUAACACCAGCCUACACCACGCCGCAGCCUGUGGCAACCCUUUGAUUGUCCGAGCUUUGGCUAAAGCUUUUCACAGGUUUGGACUACAUCCAGAUUCAAGAAAUAAACUAGGCUACACAGCCUUCCUGGUGGCCUGUAAGAGUGGACACUUUGCUUCUGCGUACUACCUGAUAACCAUAGCCAAGGCCUCGCCAUCUUUAAGAGACGGUGAAUUUCACCGCAGCGCCGAAGAAUGGAUACAGAAAGCUGCUCGGCAAAAGAGAGGAAGUGACCGUGGGCAGAUAGCUUCCGCUCCUGCCGUUAUACAGCGUCCCUUGGCCUCUCUGGCUUUUGAGAGAGAUAACACAAUGUACCAGAAGCCGUGGGUUCCAAUCUGCAGGCUAUACCGGACACCAAUCACUUACAGAGCGGUGGACAGCACCGUCCAGUUGCCAGAGAUAGCUAACCACGAUGUCAGUUCGGCCACAAGAAGUGAGUUGGUUAUCAACUCUAUGGAGGCCCGUCAACUCUUGCUGGAGGAGAUACAGAAGGUCCAAACGAAGGCCGGAGUUUCCAUCGUGAAAUCGCCACCUCCUCGGUGGGCUCACCCUCCCACUGCUAAACUUCGCUCCCUGGCUGCGAGGGCGACCACGGCCACGUCAUUGCCUGACAUGAUCUACAUCUUCAAAGUGUACAGCGAAAUGUAUCAACCUCCUUGGCGACAAGACCACACCCACUCAAAGAUGAAUGAACUUCAGGAUGUUAGCAUGAGCUGUGCUGUACCUUAAGAAGUUCCAUCAAGAAGUUGAACAUUUGCCCCACAUUGACGUCUGUCUCUUUGCGUGUAGUAAAAGUGUCUUCUGUGCGCCGACUAUAUAAAAACCUUGCUUCUUACUUUGAUGUCUAUAAGACACGAAAUAAAUUAUGUUUAAUUUU